CCAUUUCCAUUGGUUUCUUCUUCACGAUGGUUAGUGAAAAGGGGUGAAUUAACAGCCUAUGUAGAAGACACUGGACUUUUUUCUAAAAGAACUUCUAAGCAGCAGGUGUACUUCUUCCUCUUCAACGACGUCCUCAUUAUCACCAAGAAGAAGAGUGAAGAGAGUUACAACGUCACAGAUUAUUCUUUAAGGGACCAGCUGGUGGUACAACAGUGCGACAGCGAGGACCUGACUUCUUCUCCUGUAAAGAACGCUUCAGCUAUGCUCUACUCGCGGCAGAGUUCUGCAGCUCACCUCUUCAGGCUAGUGGUCCUCAGUAACCACGCAGGGGAGAAGGUGGAGAUGCUCCUGGGAGCAGACACUCAGAGUGACAGAGCUCGCUGGAUUACAGCACUUGGACAGGACAGAGACGGGCAGAAAACGGACAGGACAACUUUGACUCAGGUAGAGAUCAUCAGAACUUACACAGCAAAACAGUCAGAUGAACUGUCUCUUCAAGUUGCCGAUGUUGUUUUGGUUUAUCAAAAAAUGAAUGAUGGUUGGUAUGAAGGAGAACGAUUGCGGGAUGGCGAAAGAGGUUGGUUUCCCAUGGAGUGUGCUAAAGAAAUCACGUGUCGUGCCACAAUCGACAAGAACAUGGAGCGGAUGGGACGCUUACUUGGACUCGAAACCAACGUGUAG